GGUACAGAAAGGUUUACUGUUUAACGUUGCCACUCAUUGCACAAAGAAGCCAUGGAGCGAAAAAAGGGGAGAAAAAGAAUAAAGAGAAAUUUUAUUAAAUAGUAAAUCUGGGUUUUGAUGAUUACCAUUUAUGCAUACAUACAUAAGGGAACAACAUCACCGGCCAAAGCUUCUCUCUCUUCUUUUUCCCAUCUAUAAAAUUGAAAAAUUCCAUGGAAAUGCACACUCUGUUUCUCACGACGAUGGUGUAGCUCAAGCAUCUUCCACAGCAUUUGUGAUUUCGACAUUUUCAGUUUUAAGAGCCUGUGGUUUUAAUAUCAAACUGAAGGAGUUCAAUACUCUACCUUUUAGUUGGUUCUGUGAAAUUUGUGUUGGUAUUGCUACAUCAGAAAUUCUUCCAAACAGUCACCUAUCCAACCAUGACAUUAUUGGCCAAACUACGCUGUGUCACUAUAGAUGUUACCGGUACCCUAAUGGCUUACAAAGGGGAGCUUGGUGACUAUUAUUGCAUGGCAGCCAAAGCUGCAGGCCAACCAUGCCCAGACUACAAACGUAUGCAUGAGGGAUUUAAGCUUGCAUAUAAGGAAAUGGCAAAGAAGUAUCCGUGUUUUGGGUAUGCAGCCAAAAUGCCAAACAUUGUGUGGUGGAAAACCUGUGUGCGAGAUUCUUUUGUCAGGGCUGGAUAUGAAUAUGAUGAGGAAACAUUUGAGAAAAUCUUCAGACGCAUAUAUUCGUCCUUUGGUUCAUCUGCUCCAUAUACUGUCUUUCCAGACUCCCAGCAAUUUCUCAGAUGGCUACGUGGACAGGGUGUCAAAGUUGGUAUUGUGAGCAAUGCCGAAUACCGAUAUCAAGAUGUGAUUCUUCCAGCUUUGGGUUUGAACGAGGGAUCUGAGUGGGACUUUGGUGUGUUUUCUGGUCUUGAAGGCGUUGAGAAACCAGACCCGAAAAUUUAUAAGAUCGCACUUGAGAGGGCUGGAAAUAUUCCACCUGAAGAAACUCUGCAUAUCGGGGAUAGCAUACGCAAAGAUUAUGAGCCAGCUAGGAGCAUAGGGAUGCAUGCACUGUUGUUGGAUAGAUUUAAGACACCAGAAGCUGAGGAAUGGAGGAAAUCUGGGGCAGUUGUUCUUCCUGAUUUAGUGGCUGCACAAGAAUGGCUUUCUUCAGAUGCCUCAAAUUUCUAGAGGCACUGACUUAGCUCAACUAGUAUUAUAUGUAUCAUUUCCACCCCUCAAAUGAUUUUACUGUGGCAUUUGACUUUCCACCUUUGCAUGUGGCUGAAUAUUUGUUUUAGAGCCAUACCUGAGAAUAUGAUGGCCAAUAGUUAAAUGCUGAUAGCUCAAACGUAAUGCAAUACAAAUAUAUCCAAAUGUUACUUUCUGUUCCAUAUGGUUCUGUGGUUUA